CCCGACAGUCGUGUUAGAUUAAACGAUCAAGAGUUUUAAUCAAUACGGUAUCGACCGCGGUGGGCAGUAAUCUGGCUAGUAGUGGCGGGCUGCGUGACGGUUCAGCGAAUGGAAUUAAGUUUAACAGCGCUUAUCUCCGUUUCGGCAAUGACGGCAACAGCCCGGAAGAUCAAGGCCUCUUGCGUGCUCGCCUCACACCCCUGUCCCGCCACGCGCAGAAGCGCGUCGAGUGGUGAGUGGCCAGAAGGAAAAGAACUUGAAAGGGUCAGUGCCGUUUCCAUUUCCACCUUCCCAACCCCAUCUUCCUGGCUUGGCCUUUUGUCUCAUGGCUAGCUAUUAGCCACGAACGAUCUCUAAUCAAUAGGUACCCUGCCCACUGGCAACUGCCCACCAUGGACGGCAAACAGGCUAAUCGCGACCCAAACUUGGACGAGAAGACGCGCCGCAACUCUUCGUCGUCGUCAACUGCUGCCGACGAGAACCCACACCGAGCCGACUUGCGUGCCAAGGCCACCGACAACGGCGUCUACCAACAAAACCCCGAGAUCAACAAUGACAGCGAGAUCGAAGUGGCCGUGUCGGGCCACGACCUCGACGUCGAAUUGGGCCAUAUUGCCGAUAACACGGAGGACAAAAUCGAGGAACUGAAACGCGUUGAAUCCCGCGCCAGCGUCAAGACCAAAAUCUCAAAGGUCUUCAGCAUCGUGAGCCGCAAGAAGACGCGCGAGAAGGAGCGCAUCGCCUUCGCGCCCAUCCCCACGUCGGACCUCGACCAGGGCAUCGUCGGUUGGGACAGCCAGGAAGACCCAAACAUGCCGCUCAACUACACGCAGGGCAAAAAAUGGUUGAUCGUCGGCCUCGUGUCCGCUGCCACCUUCCUCACGCCCUUUGCAUCGUCCAUUCUGGCUCCCGGCAUCGGGUCUCUGAACGAGGAGUUUCACAACGACAACGAAAUCGUCGGAACCCUGACCGUGAGCAUCUACCUCCUUGGGUACUGCCUCGGGCCCCUUUUCCUGGCCCCCCUGAGCGAGAUAUACGGCCGGCGCCCCGUCCUGGCUGUUUCCAACAUCUUCUUCUGCGCCUGGCAGAUUGGCUGCGCCUUGGCGCCCUCGAUCUCGUCGCUCAUCGUCUUUCGAUUUCUUACCGGAGUCGGAGGCUCGGGCUGUUUAACUCUCGGAGCCGGGGUCAUUGCCGACGUUUUCCGGACAGACGAGCGAGGAUUCGCCAUCGGCAUUUACACACUCGGCCCCCUGAUUGGCCCCACCCUUGGACCAGUUAUUGGAGGAUUUCUAUCGCAGUCGAUUGGGUGGCGCUGGGACUUUUGGAUUGUCCUGAUUGCCGGCUCAACCGUCACGGGCUUGAUCGAGAUCUUCAACUCGGAGACGAACCACCAUGUCCUGAUGCAGCGCAAGGUCAAGCGCCUGCAGCGGGAGCUUGGUCGCGACGACCUCCGCAGCUGCUACGAGGUAGGCACGGUGAAGAGGACCCACGCCGAGAUUCUCCUGAACGGCCUGACCCGCCCGACCAAGAUGCUCUUCCUGUCGCCAAUUGUACUGGCAGUGUCGGUGUACAUCGCCUUCACGUACGGCGUGCUGUAUCUGCUCUUCACCACCAUCCCUCCCGUGUUCAUGGAGACGUACGGCUGGAGCCUAGGCGUCACGGGGCUCGUGUACAUCAGCCUCGGUCUGGGGAACUUCUCGGGGUGGGGUGUGGUAACAUUGACGUCAGACAAGGGCGUCGUGGAGCGGACCAAGGCCAACAACGGCGUUUUCGAGCCUGAGAUGCGCCUGCCCAUCUGCAUCUACUUCAGCAUUAUCCUGCCCAUCACCUUCUUCUGGUACGGCUGGUCGGCCGAUAAAGCCACGCACUGGAUCGUGCCCGUCAUCGGCCUCUUUCCCUUCUCCUUUGGUCUCAUCGGCAUCUUCCUCCCGCUGCUGACGUACCUCGUCGACUGCUACCCGAUGUACGCUGCCUCGGCCGUUGCCGCCAACACGGUGCUGAGGAGUUUGGUCGGCAUGCUGCUCCCACUAGCUGGCCCGCAAAUGUACGCCACCCUUGGACUUGGAUGGGGCAAUUCGCUGCUGGGAUUCCUCUGCAUCCUCAUGAUCCCCGUACCACUUUUCAUCCACAGAUACGGAGCAAGGCUGAGGAAGAGAGGGCUGCAGUUGUGAUUGUGCUCUGCAGGGCUUGCGUCACCAACGUCUGGUUUUUAUCCACUUUCCAGUGUAUAUUUCUUUUGCUGGACAUACUUAUUCAAGGGUCUGUAUCCAUUUUCCUAGACAUCUAAGGGGCGUCCGUAGGCCAUGGAAGUUGUCUGAGGGAUGACACAGGGAAACGGCAAGGGAAGGAAGGGAUUGGUCACACAGACCUGAACAUAGAACGCGCUGUGCAUCAAUAUGUGGAUAAUAUUUGGACGAUUUUGUUGCAGAAAGGUGGUAUGCUGCCUGUUUGUAAUUGGUUUAUGUCAACACUCCAGGGAGUUAGUGACAGUUCAUUGUUAUUAAUAGGGAUCUUUACAUAGCCAUCAUUACAUAUUUGUUUUGUCUA